UGUGUUGAGAAUCGAAACUGUAUUUUCCUCGUAAAAAGCAACAGUUCUCUCUGAAAUGCAAAAAUAUUGGUGGAAAUGACUAUUGCAGUGAUAAUUUGUACACUAUUAACUGUGUGUAUAUAAGUUGUUUUUACUGAAACAUAUCUGCAAUUGUGCGUGGAGAUUUAAAUAAUUUUCAAAGAUGGGUAUAAAGGUUUUAGAAAACAUGAAGGGUUUUAUAAUAACCCGCCCUCCACUGGUUGUAUUUAUUAUGUGUGUUGGUGCUUUUGCCAUUGCCAUGGUAUCAUUAGCAUACUAUGUAAAAAUACACGAGAUUCAGAAUCCAGAUAUCACGCAGGAUUGGAAUACAUUCCUUGAUAAUUUUUCUGAAAUGAAAUUCUGUGCAUCACGUAACCAUUCAGAAGACCAUUGGAAUACUAUGGACAAUACUUCAGCAAUGGUUCCCUCAGUCUCUACAAAUGGAGCAUUACAUAAAGAUAUUCUAGAAUAUGAGGCUGCUAGAAAUUACUCAUUUAUGAUCAGAUUGGUUAUUAAGCCCACAUCAACAUUUGUGGCAUUUCCACACAAUGUGACCCAUUUCAUGGGCAGUCUCUAUGGUUAUCAGCUAGGUUUAGAAGGUAUUGAUGCAGAGGAACAGGUGAAUAUUACCUUUGAGUUACCCGAAGGAUGGCAUGGUCAGAGAUGUGCCAAAGACAGGAAAGGUCAAUGUAAACCAAUUGAAUUUACUUCAUGUGUGACAAUGGUAGCAUCACCCACUGUUUUUCCAACAACAAGAAGACCACAAAGCUGCAAUGCAACUGACAGUCCCAAAGAGUAUUACGUGUCUUGGUUGUCUACAAAGGUAUCUGACAUGAUGGAUGUCGCAUGGUGUAAUCAAGGUGCCAUUGCAUCUGCAUAUCAUCCUGAUAAUCCUAGUCUUACACCGAUGCUUUCACAAGCUGACAGAAAUGUAAUUAAUUUACAUUUGAUGCAUACCAGUUACUUCUUAUUUGUGAUGGUGAUUACAGCAUUCUGUUAUGCGGUCAUCAAAGGCAGACCAGUAAAAGCCAGGGCCAAUGGUAAUGGUCAUGGUCUUGAUAAAAAG